UAACCCAAUUCAGUUGUGACAAUGAUAAUAUAGCUGUUAAUCAUGGCACCGUUCGUGUGGACUUUCAAGGGAAAUAUCCACCGGUUUAUCACGGAUGGACAAUUUAUUCAGUAUUUUAUUAUUCUAUUUUCAUUGUUCAAUUUGUCGUUGUGCCUCUACGAGGAUCAAGUUGGUAAAUUCGACUGGAAACAGAAUUACGUAGGGAGAAUUAAAUUCGCUAGUUUUGAUACAGUAUCGACUGCCAAGAAGAUAAUUGUUGCCACUGAGGAAAAUGUGCUUGCAGCUCUCAAUUUGAAAUCAGGCCAAAUAAUAUGGAGGAGAGUAUUGGAACGUGGUUACGCAGGUCGAAUUCGUUCCCUGAGUGGCGUAGCAGAUGGUGAUUUGAUAACAGUAAGCGGUGGAGUUCCAGCAAUAGUUCGUGUCUGGGACCUAGCUGCUGGCCACAUCCUCAACGAGUGGCCAGUUGCGGAGCAAAAUCCCGAGCGGUUGGAGGAUGUUAAGUGGCACAUAAAAGAUGGUACCCUUCACCAUAUUCUGCCAAUAUACAGUAGUGGAGUUGAGGUGACGUCGUAUGACAGUAAAACUGGGGAGAAAUUGAAAACAAGAAAGGUUUCAGCCCCAUUUAUAACAGCAGAAACAAAAUGUGUAUUGGCAGCGCCAUAUCUAGCCUGUCUCAAGAGUGACACGUCACUAGCGAUCCUCUUCUUAGUGAAUCUCUUCGACCCAAAUGCACAGCCACAUUCAGUAACGAGUAAUAAUAUAUUUGGGGCUGGGGCCCGGGGGCCAUUCACUCUGGAGGCAGUACCAGGGGAUGAGUCUGUUUUAUCAGUAACUGCUGAGGGAGAUAAUAGAAAACGUAUCAUGAUACCUGGUGAUACACCGAAUAUCAUUCCAAGGGAUAUUGAGGGUGAUGCUAGACUUUAUAUCACGAGCCUUGAUGAGGAGAAAGUACUUCUGGAAACUACUUAUCGUAAUGGGGUGACAGAGAUCAAGGCAUCCUCUCUACUGGACUCGACCCCAAUGCCAGAGCUCUCAGCAUCGAUAUCCCACACAGCCCUCCUCUCCCCGAGCAUAAAAGCCUCCAUCUGCCCGCGAAUGCCGAAGGGAGUGAUCUGUCGUCACUUGAUGAGCUCCGAGGACGACGGAGUAGCGCUCCUCCAGCACAAUAAGCUAGUGUGGUCCCGAGAAGAGGCGCUAGCCAGCAUCACCAUCGUCGAGAUGAUGGAGCUUCCCAUGUCGGACAGGGAUCAAACCAUCGAGACAGAAUUCGACCAAAAAGAGAGUAUCGAUAUAGACAGUUCAUGGGAUGUCGUCGGAAUGAUGACGAGGAGAGUGACUGCCCAAUUUAAUCAACUGAAAUCGUUCCUUCAGUCGUCGUUUGGAGUGACUCCGCAGGCGUCGAAUCAGAGGGCUGAUCUGGUGAGAGAUAAGUUUGGCCUUCACAAGAUGAUCGUUGUGGUGACGUCAGCGGGAAAAUUAUUUGGUAUUGAGUCGAAGAAGGGGGAGAUCAUCUGGCAGUUGAGGGUUCAGGAUAUGGCCACUGAGAGGAAGGACUCGAAACCACUGAUAUUGUACGUUCAACGGGGCAGCAGACACUUCCCCUAUCCCCCACAGUGCGCUCUGCUGUCAACUGACAAGAACACGGGGGAGGGAAUUAUUUAUACGUUCAACCCCAUCACUGGGCAACCCCUGGAUGGACUGGUGAAGCUGGAGUACAAGGUCAAACAGUCCAUGCUGCUGCACGACGCCACUGAGGAUUUUCUCAGGGCUAUUCUGCUCCUCGAUUCUAGGGAUAGGGUACAUGUUUUCCCGGAGAAUGCGACUGCAGUGGCUGCUGCCAGCGGCAAGAGCACUUACUUGUUCACUGCUGAUGCUGGAACUGGAAUUGUGGCUGGAUUUUCGCUUGGGUAUAGCACACCUGAGGAAUUGAUAGCUCAUAAAGUCUGGGAACUAGUGCUAGCCCCUAAAAACCAAAAAAUCACCCACGUCGUGUCGAAGAAUCCAAUCGAACGUGUCCACUCCCAGGGACGUGUUCUGGGUGAUAGAUCAGUACUUUAUAAGUAUAUUAAUCCAAAUCUAGUUGCGGUUGUUACCCAGGGUGUUGGUAGCACUCUCAAGAAUACGAUAACAUUGUACCUCCUGGAUGUAGUCUCAGGAGCAAUGAUAUUCUCCAUUGCCCACAAACGAGUGCGCGGACCUAUCCACAUAGUUCACUCUGAGAACUGGCUCGUUUAUAGUUAUUACAAUGACAAGAGUCGUAGAACUGAAGUAGCAACAUUAGAGCUUUACGAGGGAAAAGUGCAGAGUAAUACCACUGUGUUCUCAUCAUUAACGACAACACGACUACCUAUGGUAGAGCGGCAAGCAUUUAUAUUCCCAGCGUCCAUUGAAUCAAUGAGGGAAACCAUUACUGAGAAGGGAAUAACGAGUAAACAUAUACUAGUGGCUCUAGCUAAUGGUGGAAUCCUGGAGUUACCCUGGAUGAUGCUGGAUCCAAGACGACCCACCAAUCCUGAAUUGCGAGAAGAGGGUGUAAUUCCUUACAUGCCAGAGAUACCAAUUCAUAUGGAUGCCAUCAUCAACUACAACCAAAGUGUAUUCAGGGUAUCAGGAAUUUACACGAGUCCCAGUGGCCUUGAAAGUACCUGUUUAAUUUUUGCACAUGGACUUGAUUUAUUCUACACAAGAGUUGCGCCAUCGAAGACAUUCGACGUCCUGAAAGAAGACUUUGAUUACUAUCUCAUCGUGAUAGUCCUCGCAGCUCUCUUGAUCUCAUCCUACGUAACAAAAAAAUUGGCAUCGCAGAAAGCACAGAAGCAGGCGUGGAAGUGAAUUCAUCGCCAGUCGCCCCAGAAAGAUAAUCUCCUUCAUUCAAUUAAUUUUCACCCUCGUAUGUUACAAUUUUAAACUUAUAAAGGCCACGUCACCCACCCUUUUGUAAAUUAAACAUUGUCAAUAUGUAAAUUAAUCUUAUUAAAACAAUGCCAUUGAUUUAUGUAAACACUUAUAAAAAUAGAAUCAAUUACUCUCAAACUGUUUUUAUAAACAAAACAUAGUUUCUAAGUGGAGACUAUUUAUGAAGUAAUGAGUGAGUGAGAAUGAGGCAUGCUGAUACCAAAAUAAAUUCGAAAUCAAAGGAA